CUCGCCGAUUUCGUACACGCGAGCGACGAGCCAAGCAUGUACCUGCAACUCGGGAUCGGUAUAGUUUGGUAAUAAAGGCGCGGGUGCAACGGAGGCUGCGGUAUAUACUUCACGGAGACAUGCUCCUGGAUGACCUUCUCCAGCCGAGUGUCUUUGUUUUGCUGUUCGUGCUCUACUGGCUCGCCGAGUUUCUCCGCGACCGGGAACUCGAGCGCCAUCGGGGUUUCCGGCGAUUAGCGCUGCGCCAUCACCCGGAGCGGCAAGCCUUGUCGGAAGAUGACCAGGUGAGCGCGAGGGGAGACCCAAAGUGGGCGUUCGCCGUCACCGCUGAGGCCUACGAGGUCCUGUCCGAUCCUUUCAGGCGAGCCGUGUACGACCAGUACGGCGAGGCCGGGCUCAAGAGGUCGGACCGGCCGCCCGACGGCUGCGAGCCACCCUACGUCUUCCACGGCGAGCCAUUGAGGACUUACAGGGAGUUCUUUGGCACUGAGAACCCGUACGCCGAUUUGCUCGACAACUUGGCAAAGCCGCCGCUACGCGGAGAUUGCCCGGAAGCUCGGGGGAUCAAGAUAAAGGACGAGGACGUGAUAAAGCCGCUUCCGCUAACUCUGAACGAGGUGUUUCACGGGGGAGUGAAAAAAGUCAAAAUAGAGCGCCUCGUUCUCGAAGGAGCGAGUACGACCAUGGAGGAGAAAAUCCUCUCCAUACCGAUCAUGCCGGGGAUACCGUCGGGAGCGAGAAUCGUCUUCCCGGAGGAGGGCGACCAGGGCCCCAUGAAGAUACCCGCCGACGUGGUGUUCGUGACGGAGAUCGAGCCGCACGAAACUUUCCGCAGAACGGGCUCGGACCUGAGGAUGACGGUCGGGCUGUUCCUGAGCGACGCGCUGACGGGCACCAUCAUCACCAUCAACACCCUCGACGGCCGCGUCCUCCGGGUCCCGAUAACCUCGGUCGUCACGCCGGAGUACGCGAUGCGAGUCGCGGGCGAGGGUCUGCCUCUGGUAGAGGACCCGGGGCGCCGUGGGGACCUCGUGAUAGACUUUGACAUCGAGUUUCCCGUCUAUCUGCCAGCCGCGAGCAAGCUCUUGGUGCGCGAGGCUCUGGAUCGCCGGUACGAGAUGCCCUCCGACGCCGAGGAGGACGAGACCGGCCGGGCAACCGCCCAGAGGAUACUCCUCGAUGGAAAACUUUACAUGAGGGCCAACAAGAUAUCGCAGAUCUGCAGGCCCUCUCCCCCCCGUGAAAGGACGUGCCUUAAAUAACCGCGAUCGGGAAUUACCGAUCGUAUUUGUACAUUUGGAGGUAGCAGUAGUAACAGCCGGGAUUGGUAAGACGGUGCGCCCUGUCUGACCACGUGUGUACUGUGAAAAAACUCGAUCAACCCGAAAUAGAACCCAUUCUUGGUUGCCAUAUUUUGUUAACCCCCACGGUGUAGCCAGUUAUAUUUUUGUAAGCCCGUUGUUGAACGACAAAUUGUACGAUAAGCUGAA